AUGGUAGCUCUUUCCUUGAAGAUCUGUGUCCGCCAGUGCAAUGUGGUGAAGACGAUGCAGUUUGAGCCGUCCACUGCAGUGUAUGAUGCCUGCAGAGUCAUCCGUGAACGAGUGCCAGAAGCUCAGACGGGGCAGGCCUCUGAUUAUGGAUUGUUCUUGUCAGAUGAAGAUCCUCGAAAGGGAAUCUGGCUGGAGGCUGGAAGAACCCUGGAUUAUUACAUGCUGAGAAAUGGGGAUAUACUGGAGUACAAAAAGAAACAAAGACCUCAGAAAAUACGUAUGUUAGAUGGUUCAGUGAAAACAGUCAUGGUGGAUGAUUCCAAAACAGUUGGUGAAUUGCUCGUUACCAUUUGCAGCAGGAUAGGAAUAACAAAUUAUGAGGAAUAUUCCUUAAUCCAAGAAAGCAUUGAAGAGAAGAAAGAGGAGAGUACAGGAACGCUUAAGAAAGACAGGACCUUGUUGCGUGAUGAAAGAAAAAUGGAAAAGCUGAAGGCCAAGCUUCAUACAGAUGAUGAUUUAAAUUGGCUAGAUCACAGCCGGACGUUCAGAGAACAAGGAGUCGAUGAAAACGAAACACUGCUGCUGAGGAGGAAGUUCUUUUAUUCGGACCAGAAUGUAGAUUCAAGAGAUCCUGUUCAGCUUAAUUUGCUUUAUGUUCAGGCUCGUGAUGAUAUUUUGAAUGGCUCCCAUCCUGUUUCCUUUGAGAAGGCCUGUGAGUUUGGAGGCUUUCAAGCACAGAUACAGUUUGGACCUCACGUAGAACACAAACACAAACCCGGAUUUUUAGACCUCAAAGAAUUCCUGCCUAAAGAAUAUACCAAACAAAGAGGGGCUGAAAAGAGAAUAUUUCAGGAGCACAAAAACUGUGGUGAGAUGAGUGAAAUAGAAGCCAAAGUGAAGUAUGUGAAGCUGGCUCGUUCUCUGCGGACCUAUGGGGUGUCAUUUUUUCUUGUGAAGGAAAAAAUGAAAGGCAAAAACAAGCUGGUUCCUCGUUUGCUCGGUGUCACCAAAGACUCAGUGAUGCGUGUGGAUGAGAAGACCAAGGAGGUGUUGCAGGAAUGGCCACUGACAACUGUGAAACGCUGGGCUGCCUCACCUAAAAGCUUCACUCUGGAUUUUGGCGAAUAUCAGGAAAGCUAUUACUCAGUACAGACCACUGAAGGAGAACAGAUCUCGCAAUUAAUUGCAGGCUACAUUGAUAUCAUCCUAAAGAAGAAACAAAGUAAAGAUAGGUUUGGGCUUGAAGGGGAUGAGGAGUCAACCAUGUUGGAAGAAUCUGUUUCACCUAAGAAACCUACUAUCUUGCAGCAGCAGUUCAACCGAACGGGGAAGGUGGAGCAUGGCUCUGUGGCACUACCAGCUGUUAUGCGUUCAGGGUCCAGUGGCCCAGAGACUUUCAACAUUGGCAUCAUGCCUUCUCCCCAGCAACAAGUCACAAUUGGUCAGAUGCACAGAGGACAUAUGCCCCCACUUACCUCUGCUCAGCAGGCCUUGAUGGGGACUAUUAAUACCAGUAUGCAUGCUGAUGUCCUGAUGAGUCUGGCCAAAGCUGUUGCAAAUGCUGCUGCCAUGUUGGUGCUAAAGGCCAAGAACGUGGCUCAGGUGGCUGAGGACACAGUCCUGCAGAACAGGGUCAUUGCUGCUGCUACCCAGUGCGCGCUCUCUACGUCCCAGCUCGUGGCGUGUGCGAAGGUUGUGAGUCCCACCAUCAGCUCUCCAGUGUGCCAGGAACAGCUGAUAGAGGCAGGGAAACUGGUAGACCGUUCAGUGGAGAACUGUGUGAGGGCCUGCCAGGCUGCCACAGAUGACACUGAGUUACUGAAGCAGGUCAGUGCAGCUGCCGGCAUUGUCAGCCAGGCCCUGAAUGACCUCUUGCAGCACGUCCGCCAGUUCGCGAGCAGGGGAGAGCCCAUCGGGCGCUAUGACCAGGCUACCGAUACCAUCAUGUGUGUCACAGAGAGUAUUUUCAGUUCCAUGGGAGAUGCUGGUGAGAUGGUGCGGCAGGCUCGGGUGCUGGCUCAAGCCACUUCUGAUCUCGUCAAUGCCAUGAGGUCAGAUGCUGAGGCAGAAAUUGACAUGGAAAACUCUAAGAAGCUUCUGGCUGCUGCAAAACUCCUGGCAGAUUCUACAGCCCGCAUGGUUGAAGCUGCAAAGGGAGCUGCAGCCAAUCCUGAAAACGAGGAUCAGCAGCAGCGUCUGAGGGAAGCAGCAGAGGGGCUGCGGGUUGCGACAAAUGCUGCUGCACAGAACGCCAUCAAGAAGAAGAUUGUCAACAGAUUAGAGAUUGCAGCUAAACAAGCUGCAGCUGCUGCUACUCAGACUAUUGCAGCUUCUCAGAAUGCAGCUGUUUCAAAUAAGAACACAGCAGCCCACCAGCAACUUGUGCAGAGCUGUAAGAAUGUUGCAGACCACAUUCCUCAGUUGGUGCAGGGUGUAAGAGGAAGUCAAGCUCAGGCAGAAGACCUCAGUGCCCAGCUUGCUUUAAUAAAUUCCAGCCAGAACUUCCUUCAGCCUGGAAGUAAAAUGGUGGCAUCUGCUAAAGCUGCAGUCCCCACUGUGACUGAUCAAGCAGCAGCAAUGCAGCUAAGUCAGUGUGCCAAGAACCUUGCGACCAGCUUAGCUGAGCUACGAACUGCCUCCCAGAAGGCUCAUGAAGCAUGUGGCCCAAUGGAAAUUGAUUCUGCUUUGAAUACAGUCCAGACACUCAAAAAUGAACUGCAAGAUGCGAAGAUGGCAGCUGUGGAUGGACAGUUAAAACCUCUUCCUGGAGAAACUCUUGAGAAAUGUGCUCAGGACCUGGGAAGUACAUCCAAAGCAGUUGGUUCAUCAAUGGCCCAGCUGUUAACUUGUGCUGCUCAAGGCAACGAGCACUACACAGGAGUUGCUGCCAGAGAAACUGCUCAGGCUUUGAAGACUUUGGCUCAGGCAGCACGAGGAGUCGCAGCAUCUACUACUGACCCUGUGGCAGCACAUGCCAUGUUGGAUUCAGCCAGGGAUGUCAUGGAAGGUUCUGCUAUGCUUAUUCAGGAGGCCAAGCAGGCCCUGGCUGCACCAGGGGAUGCAGACAGUCAGCAGAGAUUAGCCCAGGUGGCAAAAGCAGUGUCUCACUCCUUGAAUAACUGCGUGAAUUGUCUGCCUGGACAAAAGGAUGUGGAUGUGGCCUUGAAAAGUAUUGGGGAAUCUAGCAAGAAGCUCCUUGUUGAUUCGCUACCUCCAAGUUCUAAGUCAUUUCAAGAAGCUCAGAGUGAACUGAACCAGGCAGCAGCAGACCUGAAUCAGUCAGCAGGAGAAGUUGUCCAUGCUACACGGGGCCAAAGUGGGGAACUGGCUGCAGCCUCUGGAAAAUUCAGUGAUGAUUUUGAUGAGUUUCUUGAUGCUGGUAUUGAAAUGGCUGGCCAAGCACAAACUAAAGAGGACCAGAUUCAAGUAAUUGGUAAUCUCAAGAGCAUCUCUAUGGCUUCCAGCAAGCUCUUACUAGCUGCCAAGUCUCUCUCUGUUGAUCCCGGAGCUCCUAAUGCCAAGAACCUCUUAGCAGCAGCAGCAAGAGCUGUGACUGAGAGUAUAAACCAGCUCAUCACUCUGUGCACCCAGCAAGCUCCUGGGCAGAAGGAAUGUGAUAAUGCGCUCAGAGAACUGGAGACAGUGAAGGGAAUGCUGGAUAACCCCAAUGAACCUGUGAGUGAUCUCUCAUAUUUUGAUUGUAUUGAAGGUGUGAUGGAAAACUCAAAGGUUCUUGGAGAAUCAAUGGCUGGUAUUUCCCAGAAUGCAAAAACUGGGGAUCUUUUAGUCUUUGGAGAAUGUGUUGGAGUUGCAUCCAAGGCUCUUUGUGGCCUCACAGAGGCAGCAGCUCAGGCUGCAUACCUGGUUGGCAUCUCGGAUCCAAACAGUCAGGCUGGUCAGCAGGGUCUUGUUGACCCAAUUCAAUUUGCCAGAGCCAAUCAAGCAAUCCAGAUGGCUUGCCAGAAUUUGGUAGAUCCAGCAAGCAGCCCAUCACAGGUAUUAUCAGCUGCCACAAUUGUGGCCAAACAUACUUCUGCUUUGUGCAAUGCCUGUCGCAUUGCUUCAUCAAAGACAGCGAACCCUGUUGCCAAGAGACACUUUGUGCAGUCUGCCAAGGAAGUUGCAAAUAGCACUGCUAACCUGGUUAAAACUAUCAAGGCCCUCGAUGGUGACUUCUCUGAAGAGAAUCGCAACAAGUGCAGAAUUGCUACUGCACCUUUGAUAGAGGCUGUGGAAAAUCUGACAGCAUUUGCUUCAAAUCCAGAGUUUGUCAGCAUCCCAGCACAGAUCAGCACUGAGGGAUCACGAGCACAGGAACCAAUCCUAGUUUCUGCUAAAACAAUGCUGGAGAGCUCCUCUUUAUUAAUCAAAACUGCUCGUUCUCUGGCUAUCAAUCCAAAAGACCCUCCCACAUGGUCUGUACUAGCAGGACAUUCCCAUACUGUCUCAGAUUCUAUCAAGAGUCUUAUCACCUCUAUCAGGGACAAAGCCCCAGGCCAGAGAGAAUGUGAUUUCUCCAUUGAUGGGAUCAACAGAUGCAUAAGAGACAUUGAGCAGGCCUCCCUUGCAGCUGUCAGUCAGAGUCUGGCUACCAGGGAUGACAUCUCCAUUGAGGCUCUACAAGAGCAGCUGACAUCGGUUGUCCAGGAAAUUGGCCACCUCAUUGAUCCCAUAGCUACUGCAGCUCGGGGAGAAGCAGCUCAACUUGGACACAAGGUAACACAGCUGGCAAGUUACUUCGAACCGUUGGUUUUAGCAGCAGUUGGUGUGGCAUCCAAAGCACUAGAUCAUCAGCAGCAGAUGACAGUGUUGGACCAGAGCAAGACACUGGCAGAAUCUGCCUUACAGAUGCUGUAUGCUGCCAAAGAAGGGGGAGGAAACCCCAAGGCAUCCCACACUCAUGAUGCCAUCACUGAGGCUGCUCAGCUGAUGAAAGAGGCUGUGGAUGAUAUCAUGGUUACUUUAAAUGAAGCUGCAAGUGAAGUAGGCAUGGUUGGAGGUAUGGUAGACUCGAUAGCAGAGGCAAUGAGCAAGCUGGAUGAAGGUACUCCUCCAGAUCCCAAGGGAACAUUUGUUGAUUAUCAGACCACUGUGGUGAAAUAUUCUAAAGCCAUUGCUGUAACAGCACAGGAAAUGAUGACUAAGUCGGUUACUAACCCGGAAGAGUUGGGAGGACUUGCAUCACAAAUGACCAAUGACUAUGGGCAUUUGGCUCUCCAGGGCCGAAUGGCUGCAGCUACAGCAGAACCAGAGGAGAUAGGGUUCCAGAUCAGGACUCGGGUGCAGGAACUUGGCCAUGGCUGUAUCUUUCUUGUGCAAAAAGCUGGAGCUCUCCAGAUUUGCCCUACAGACAGCUACACAAAAAGAGAGUUGAUAGAAUGUGCUCGUGCUGUCACAGAAAAGGUCUCCUUGGUGUUAUCGGCCCUUCAAGCAGGAAACAAAGGCACACAAGCCUGUAUUACUGCUGCUAGUGCUGUCUCUGGGAUCAUUGCAGACCUAAACAACGAAUCAUUUGCAGACCACAGGGAAAAUAUCCUGAAAACAGCAAAAGCUUUAGUUGAAGAUACAAAAUUGUUGGUCUCUGGUGCUGCCUCCAGUCAGGACAAGCUGGCCCAAGCAGCUCAGUCAUCAGCUAACACCAUCACUCAGCUUGCCGAGGUAGUAAAGCUGGGAGCAGCUAGCUUGGGAUCCGACGAUCCUGAAACACAGGUUGUACUCAUCAAUGCUAUCAAGGAUGUUGCAAAGGCCCUUUCUGACCUCAUUGGUGCUACCAAAGGAGCUGCCAGCAAGCCAGCAGAUGAUCCAUCCAUGUACCAGCUUAAAGGUGCUGCCAAGGUGAUGGUAACUAAUGUAACAUCGCUUUUGAAGACUGUUAAAGCAGUAGAAGAUGAAGCUACUCGAGGAACAAGAGCUCUUGAGGCCACAAUUGAAUAUAUCAAGCAGGAACUCACGGUGUUUCAGUCCAGCCAGGUUCCAGAAAACACAUCAUCACCUGAAGAAUCAAUCCGGAUGACGAAAGGAAUCACCAUGGCAACUGCCAAAGCUGUUGCAGCUGGGAACUCAUGCAGACAGGAGGAUGUGAUUGCCACAGCAAAUCUGAGCCGCAAAGCAGUAUCUGACAUGUUAACAGCUUGUAAGCAAGCAUCAUACCACCCAGAUGUGAGUGAAGAAGUUCGAGAGAGAGCCCUGCGCUUUGGAACAGAAUGUACCCUGGGAUACUUGGAACUCCUGGAACAUGUUCUCCUGAUACUUCAAAAAGCAACUCCAGAACUAAAGCAUCAGUUGGCCUCUUUCUCCAAGCGGGUUGCUGGUGCUGUCACAGAGCUCAUCCAGUCAGCAGAAGCAAUGAAAGGGACAGAGUGGGUGGAUCCAGAAGACCCAACAGUCAUUGCGGAGACAGAGCUACUAGGGGCUGCAGCAUCAAUUGAGGCUGCAGCAAAGAAGUUAGAGCAGCUGAAACCAAGAGCCAAGCCAAAGCAAGCAGAUGAGACUCUGGAUUUUGAAGAACAGAUCCUGGAAGCAGCUAAAUCCAUUGCAGCUGCUACCAGUGCCCUCGUGAAGUCAGCUUCAGCAGCCCAGAGAGAACUGGUGGCACAGGGAAAGGUUGGAGCAAUCCCUGCAAAUGCAGCUGAUGAUGGACAGUGGUCUCAGGGACUUAUUUCGGCUGCCCGAAUGGUGGCAGCUGCAACCAGUAAUCUCUGUGAAGCAGCUAAUGCCUCAGUGCAGGGCCAUGCUAGUGAGGAGAAGCUCAUCUCAUCUGCCAAACAGGUGGCAGCUUCUACUGCACAGUUGCUUGUAGCUUGCAAAGUGAAGGCUGAUCAUGACUCUGAAGCUAUGAGGAGGCUACAGGCUGCAGGAAAUGCUGUCAAGCGAGCAUCAGACAAUCUCGUCAGGGCGGCCCAAAAAGCAGCGUUUGGGAAAGCAGAGGAUGAUGACGUUGUAGUCAAAACAAAAUUUGUGGGUGGCAUUGCUCAGAUCAUUGCAGCCCAAGAAGAAAUGCUGAAGAAGGAAAGAGAGCUAGAAGAGGCAAGGAAAAAACUGGCUCAGAUCCGCCAACAGCAAUACAAAUUUCUACCCACAGAGUUGAGAGAAGAUGAGGGUUAACCUGCUGUGAUUUUGUCGUCUUUUUUCUUCUUUUUUGUUUUUUUCCUUUUAAAGAAAUAAGCUAAAGGGGGACAGUACAGUGAGAACUGCUUUGACAACAUUCUGGUAUGCCAAGCACUUACCUAAAUAAAUUGCCUGUUAUAGCUUUGAAUGAGCAGAGGGCAAUAAAUACUUGUUCUUAUCUGGUCAGCUGAGGUGCAUGACGAUCAAAUAAUGGUACAGUGUUAGGUUCAUCAUUCCUGUUCCUUCCUUGACUUACAUCUCAGGAGAGAAUGUUUCACUUUUUACUAAAGAUACUGUCAGUAUUAUUG